AUGAUGGACCUCUUCGAGACCAGUGCGUACUUCUUCAAUGACCUGCGUUACCUGGAGGGCGAGGGCGGGCCACUGCAGUACCUGGGACCGGCCGGGGUGUCGCCCCUGUACGGGGGGAGGGACAGCCCGGCCUCCCCGGGCCGGGACGGGGGCGGGGAGACGGGGUUCGAGACGGGCUGCGAGGAGGACAGCAGCGGAGAGGAGCACGUUCCCGCUCCUCCGGGUCUCCGCCCGCACUACCCGGGGCAGUGUCUGGUGUGGGCCUGUAAGACCUGCAAGAGGAAGUCCGCCCCCACGGACCGGCGCAAGGCCGCCACCCUGCGGGAGAGACGCAGGCUCCGCAAGAUCAACGAGGCCUUCGAGGCGCUGAAGAAGAAGACCGUGGCCAACCCCAACCAGAGGCUGCCCAAGGUGGAGAUCCUACGCAGUGCCAUCAGCUACAUCGAGAAGCUGCAGGACCUGCUGCACACGCUGGACGAGGAGGAGAGGGCCCUGGACACGGACAGGGGGAACUGCAGCGUUAAGAAACGACACAUCCUCAGUGCUGAUCACUGCAGAGGGGACAGUUCUCAUAGCUGGCAGAACAUGAUCAAUGAAAGAGAAGGUCAGGCCGUCGAGUCCACCGGCUGUAGCAGCCUACUCCAUCUCUCCUCUAUCGUGGCCAGUAUUUCAACAGAAGUGCCAAAGGAAGACCUGAACAGGGACACCUUGAACACAUGAAAUUCCACCAUUUUAUAAACAACUGACCAGAACUACUCACAUUUCCAUCAUGCCAUUUCAAAUUAAUAAAUGUUCAAAUUAUUUAUUCUAUGACGUUUUUUCUAUGACGGUAUUUACAUGAGCUGUAGACUAAUAUUUAGCACUGACAUUUCUCAUCUCUAUUUUUUAUCUCAAGUGAAUACAAUUGAGCAAAUGUCAGUUUACUUUUGUAUCUUUUGGAAAUAUGUUAUAAUGCUUUAAU